AUCACCUCAUAUUUUCCCAGCUUUUCGCGGUUUCCUCUAAACAGUGCUUCAAAUUCUGGGUCUACAUUCUUGCACCUAUUCUCAGUCCACAAAAAAUUCACCCGUUCAUCCAUAUACAAUUAACGAAAACACCAUUCAUCUUCUCUGGAUUGUAUUUGAUCAUUUUCAACCCCUAAUUCAGUUGAAUCUUUUCUUGAACCACUUUCACAACCCCAUUGUGAUUCACAACGCAGAAGAGCUCUCUUUCUUUCUUCUCCCAUUUUUUGUUUCUUCUUUUCUGUAAAAAAAACAUUCAGUUUCUCAAAGUCCCGUUUGGGGAUUUAAUUUUCCGUACAACACAUAUUUCUCCUUUUUUUUUCUGCAUUUUUGUCUCAAUCCUCGUUGAUUGUCAACCCCCCGGGCAUUUUCAAGAACCAUUGUUGGCUCUGUUUCUAGGGUUUCUUAAUCCGUUCUUGCCGUGGAAAAGAACUCUGUAUUUUCAUCCCCAAAAAAUGGCUACUUUAAAGGACGGGGCCCUCCUGAAGCUUCUAGACGACAUGAAAUCGGACGUGGACGACGCCGUUUUGGACGGCGAGCCGCCGAAGCCCGUCUUGCUGCAGAUCAGGAGCAUCAUCCCCGUUCUCGAAGAAGGUGACCUGUGGCCAAACAGGGGAUUUUUCCUCAAAGUCGCCGAUUCAACCCAUGCGUUAUACGUCUCCUUGUCCGAAGAGCAAAACGAGAUGAUUUUGGGUAACAAAUUGAAACUGGGUCAGUACAUUUACGUCCAGCGAUUGAGAAAAUCUCAUCCCGUCCCCUUGCUAGAAGGGGUGUCCCCAAUUCCCGGCCGGCGAGCCUGUGAAGGCACCCCGGAAGAUAUUAUCUUGUCUGCAGAUUUCUCGAAGGUUCUAGAAGCUUCUUCAGUCGACUCGGAGGUUGAGAAAGGCGUGAUCUUGGAGAAAAAGGUUUCGAAAAAACUGCCUUCUUCGAGAAUAAAGACACGUGGGGGGGCAUCAGAUUCGGAGUCCUCCCGUAAGAAAAACGAAGGGCUGAAAUACCGUUCGUCGAGUGCAUCUAAGGCUCGUCCGGGAGAGAUUGCUGCAGAUAAUAAAUAUGGUUUUACGGAUAAUGAGUUUAAGAAAAUCGGGUUUAGUGAUGUGGGUUUGUGGCCUAGAAGCAGGGCGAGUUCUGUUGAUAACGAUAGUGAUGGGGACAGCGUGAUUUCGUCAUGUUCGUCUCAUGUUUCGAAGAGAAGGAGCUGGCUAGAAUCCGAGAUUCUUGGAGUGAAGGAGAUUUUCGACUCGACAGUUGUCAGGCAUGAUAUCAAAUUCCCUCCGAGAAGCCGUAGUGCGAAUGUUUCUCCAGUUCGUUCGGUUAAGUACGAUAGCUCUGACGACAACUUGAGCUCGGUAUCAAGAAGGAGAAGCAUUGGCUCAGCAAAGAGAGUGAUAAAAAGUUCGAACAAAAGCCAAGUGCCUGUUCCAAAGGCGGGUAAUAACGUGCAGAAUCCGAAUUCUUUGUGCGGGUUGGUUUAUGAACGAAAGGGGGCAGAGAGUGGAAUAUCAUGGAGCUCACUUCCAUCAAAUUUGGUGAAGCUUGGCAAGGAAGUGGCAAGGCAAAGAGACAAUGCCCUGCUUGCUGCUUCUGAUGCUCUGCAAGAAGCUUGUGCUUCAGAAAGAUUACUCAACUCCUUAAGCACAUUUUCCCAAUUCCCUCUAGCCGAAGGCGAAGAUCUCCAACCCCACGUGGACCGGUUCUUCAAACUCCAGCACGAGCUUGCCCGCACAGCCCUCAUCAUGCAGUCCCUCACCACCACAAGCCCAUUUGGGCCCGGCCCACAACCCGAAGAAAAUGACAAUAUUGCCCUCGAGCGCAAGAAUAAGGCCAUGACUUGGCUGAAAUCUGCCGUGGCCCUCGACCUCUCCACCGGUGGCACCCCAAAGAAAAGAACCAGCUCGCCUUUGAAAUACAGCGAAAGCUCGAAAAAAUUCGGUUCGUGUGCUGAGCUGGCGAUGUGUUUGCAGGAAGAGUGUAGGAAGCUUUUCUUGGGGUAUGUGGAGAGGUACUUGGAGGAGGUGGAGAGGAAGAUUAUUGUUGAGGACGAUGCUGAGGUGGCGGGAAUGAUGUAUAAGGUGAAGAUGGUUAGCGAUUGGCUGGAUUUGAUUGGGUCGGAGGGAGGUGGGGCCCACGAGAGGGUGAGGGCCAAGAUUUACGGGAUCUUGCUGAGUAAUGUCGAGAGGACGGCUGUGGUUUUCGAGCGCGCCAAAGGGACCUUUUGAAGGGGGGUGGUUAAUUCUGUGAAGGUAAAGAAAAAAAAAAAAUGUUUGUGUUUUACUGAGGUGUGUUGUGUCUAAUAAUGCAACCCAGGUUAUUAAUGGUGGUGAAAUGUAAAUAGUAAAUAAAUAAAUAAAAAAUAAAAAAUAUACA